UUAAUUAAUUAUACGAAAGGAGUCAAAUAGUUUUGAUAUUUAUUAAUAAUAAAAAUCAUCGACAGAAUGAUUUUCAAUUAAUUUCACGUUUAAAAUGGUUCACCAGGUAUAUACUUGGAUACAAAAAUGUUCCCACGCGGAGAAUUAAUUAUAAACGCGCGCGCGUGCGCAUGCUUUAACACUGACAAUAUCGACUGCCACAGAACGAGACCGAAAGUGUACUUUAUCACAUCGUGAUCGUCUUUGUUUCUCUUUCGCACUUUCCCUCUCUCUUUCUCUCUCUCUCUCUCUCUCUCUCUCUCUUUCUCUCUCUUUCAUCUGUAAAGCCAUUUAAUCUCGUGAUGAUAAUAUGAAGAUACAAGGACGAUCAUUAAAGACAAGAUAUAUUAGAGAAGAAACGAAACAUUUGUCUCGUCAUGCAGUUAUAGUUUGAUAAUUAUUAUCAAGCUCGAUUUCUCUUUGGAUAGAAGUAUAAUUAUUGAUUUCGAUCUGUCGAAGAUAAAAAUAUAAAUAAGAAUAACGAGUAUCGAUAUGAUUUGUCGUCUUUCAAGAUAAUCGAGACAACUACGAAAGAAGAAAAUUUCGAAGAUCCAUUUGGGAGACAUCGUAUAAAUAACAAUGAUUAAAAAAGUUCGAUACCUCUUUGCGAUAAUGCUUUGCAUUGCGAAUAUGAUCAUCUACGGUCUCAAGGUCAACAUCGCGACAGCUAUAAUUGGUAUGGUGAAACUUCAAGAAUCCGUGGCAUCAAAUGAGUGUCCUGAAUUUGAGGAUGAAGAUGAAAAGGAGACAACAGAUCUGGAAGGACCAUUUAGUUGGUCGACCACUCAGCAAGGACUCGUUAUUAGUAUAUAUUUCGCAGGAUAUCUCAUUGGAAUGUUUCCUUCGGGAUAUUUCUCCGAUCGAUUUAACACGAAGAAUGUAUUACUGAUUUGUGUAUUAUCCAACGCAAUUCUAACGAUCAUCGUGCCAAUCUGUGCAAGCAUUUUGCCACUCCUCCUAUUCAUCAGAUUUCUAACGGGUGUUAUGAGUGCCGCUAAUCUUCCAAUAGUGAACGUUCUGUUGGGAAAAUGGAUCGUUUAUGAGGAAAAGAGUAUGUGGGUUGGGAUAAUCUACGCUGGAACAUCUCUAGGAACUGUUGUAUCGAUUUUCACAUCCGGCUUAAUUCUGAGAGAUUUAGGAUGGGAGGCUGUCUUUUAUAUUCAUGGUACACUCCCGUUAAUUUGGUGUAUAGCUUUUUAUUAUUUCUUCGAGGAUUGUCCAGAAAAACAAAAAUUCAUAACCGAAGAGGAAAGAUCAUUUAUAGUCAGCACGUAUGGUCAUCGUACGCCACAAUCGGCAAAAACAAAAGUCCCUUGGAAACCGAUCUUUACCUCUGUACCAUUUUGGGCACUUAUCUGGACUAAUACUCUUGGAAACUUUUGUUGGUAUUUCUUACUAACUCAAAUGCCACUUUACAUGAAUAAAAUUCUUCGAUAUGAUAUUAAAUCCAACGCGAUGAUCACCUGUUCGCCAUACUUAAUAAACUCCCUGACUAAUCCUCUGCUUGGUAAAUUAUUAGAUUGGGGAAGAAAUAAAGGUAUUUGGUCGCAAACGGGGGCAAGAAAACUUGCCGUUUUCAUAAGUAGUAUUCCACCCUGCAUCUUUCUCAUAGCGAUCAUAUACAUUGGAUGUAAUCGUUUAGUCGCAACGAUACUUUUGGUUUUAAGUAUCGUUAUUGGUGGUGCAAUAUUCGUCGGUCAUCUUUGCAAUCAAAACGAUUUGGCACCGAAUUACGCCGGUAUUCUUAUGGGAAUAACGAAUACACCAGGAACAAUUUCAGCAUUCAUCUUACCAGCCUUGGUGGGCGCUUUAAUGGAAGAAGGGCACACGUUUGAACGUUGGAAAUAUGUCUUUUGGAUAACUGUCAUUGCCCAAUUUCUUGGCUUCUUAAUAUUUAUCAUAUUCGGUUCCGCAAAAAUUCAACCAUGGAAUUAUCCAGAACAAUUAGGAGACACGAAUUUGGAGCAGAUGGGCCAACAUUAAGAAACAAGAUCUUAAACGAACUUUUAUCUAAGUCGAUUAUUAACGAAAUUGAUUGAAAAAGAAAUGGACAAUAAUAUGAGAUUUAUUUACAAAAUAUUCGUCGAUGAUUUUAAAAUGUAUACGUUUAUGUAUUCCAAUAUUUUUAUUUACAUACAAAGGAAACGAUAAUUUUUAUGUAGAAAGAAAAAAACAUUGUAAAAACUUCGCUAUUUUACGAUUUUAAUAGGUAAUGAGUUAGAUAGAUGGAUUUUGUUUUGUUUUGUUUUUUUCUUUUUUUUUUAAUAUAUUUUUAAUAAAACUUCGAAGUAUCGACGUUUCAAUGAUAUUUCUGGAUAAAAUAUUCGAUCGAAAGCAUCCUAUUUUGUUAUCAAUUUUAUCAGUUUAAUAUCAUUAUUUAUCGUUAUAAGUAAUAUUUCAUAUCAUAUAUACAUCAAUCGUAAUAAUGAUAUAAUAAUUUUCAAUAAAUAUGUAAUCGUUUUAUUUGCGAAAGACAUUAACGUGUUUGUUUCGUUAAGCAAAAGAAAAAAAAAGAAGAAGAAAAGAAAAGAAAAGAAAGAAAAGAAAGAAAAAAUGAAAAUAAAAAGAAGGACAUAGACACGACAAAUUAGACGUCGACGAGUGCAGGACGAGUUGGACUACAUUCCAAAAUCUGCGAGGAAUGGAAAGAUGAGAACGAAUGAUACGACGAAUAUUUCGAAAGAGAGCAAAAGAGAAAAAAGAGAGAAAGAAUAUAUAUGUGUCUGUGUGUGUGAGAAAGAGAGAGAGAGAGAGACCACCCAUAAUGACGAAAGACGGUGGCAAUUAGGCUGCACCACCUACAAAAAUCUCUUUUAUUCCAAUUAGAUCGUGCCAUAACCCAGCCGACUCUGAGUGACGCCUCGUGUUCAUGGAAAAUACUUGUCGGUAGAAAGUGGAAAGGAGACAAGGAGAAGGUGGGCCCUUUUUCUCGAAAGAAGAACUACGUCUCACGGACGUUUGGAAUAUUUAUGGACCCUAAAAUAUUACGUUUGUAAUCUAUUUCCAGCAUAUAGACGGCCUCGUCGACACUAACGUGGCAACGUCGAGUCAUUUCCGCUUUCUUAUAUAUAUAUAUAUAUAUAUACAUUACUUAGCUCUCUUAUUUUUCGAGUCACGAAUCACGAAUAUUCGAAGCUUCUUUGGAAAUUUGGAAAUUAACAAUUUUAUUACACGGACUCUUUUAGAAAAGAAAGGAAUAAAAAAAGAAACAAAGAAAAGGAAAAGGAUAUAUUCGUUGUCUCGCUUUUAUUUCAUGCUAAUGUAAAAAAAAAAAAAAAAAAAAAAAAGAAAAAGAAAAAGCUACAAAUUUUAUCGAUCGAGUAUUGAUUUCAAUUCAAAUUUCAAAGGAUAACUCCGAUGAAGGAAUAAAUCUCACGUGAUAUUAAGGAAAUUGUAUAUACUUUUCAAUUAUUUCGAAUUAAUCGCGAAAGGAUUCAUAAAAAAAAAAAAAAAAAAAAAAAAAAAAAUAUUAGAAAAAAAAAAGAAAAAGAAAAAGUAUAAUAGUCGUAAAUUAUCGAAGCGAAAUUAUUAUCGUAGAAAUUCAUUCGUCUUAUCGAUUUUAUUUAAUACCGAUCGAUGAAACGUUUUAGAACGAAAGAACGAAGGAAACAAAAUAUGUAAAAGGGAAGAACUCGAUUUGAAAUACAGGAAGGCAUAGAAGAGAAUUUUUACAAGUUAAAAUUAUGAUACUGGCCUUUUUACUAGGUGGUCCUAGGGAUAGACGAAUUCUGUAGGGGCUUCUUCAUCGUGUUUACUAAUUCAUGAGAUGAAUAACUUAAGGAUAAAUGUUCUCAGCGUA